UUGACUAACCCACUCAGAGUCUCAGCUUAUGCUUUUCUAAUAUUCUUAUUACAGUUGGGUCUUGAGCAGUUUAGUAUUUUAUCAACAAAGGCAGACUUUGAAAACUCAAAUUUCAUCUUUAUAUGUAGACUUCUGCGAGUUCUGAGAAACUCUAUGUUUGUGUGAGAGAGACAAUAGUCUCCUCCUCAACAUCAUCUGGUUUCUGGUUUUUUUUCUCAUUGCCUAUCUCUGUAUUUCAUCUUUGUUCGUGUGAAAAUCAGUAAGUUGAAACUAUAAAUCUGGUUUGAGACUUGGGUUUCUCUCAUCUCAUCUGGGUUCUUCUUCUUGAUACUUGAUUGAUAGAAGGAAAGAGAGAGAUCCAGAAAUGGUGACAUUUGGAGGAACUACUGAGAAAUGCAAGGCCUGCGAGAAGACGGUUUACUUGGUGGAUCAGCACAGAGCUGAUAGCAAGGUUUAUCACAAGUCUUGCUUCCGGUGCCACCACUGUAAGGGCACCCUCAAGCUUAGUAACUAUUCCUCCUUUGAGGGUGUCCUGUAUUGCAAGCCUCACUUUGACCAACUCUUUAAGAUGACUGGGAGUUUGGAUAAAAGUUUUGAAGGUGCUCCAAAAAUUCCCAGAUCUUUUGAACCGGCACAUCCCAACAACAGAGUUUCAAGUUUGUUUGGGGGAACUCAAGACAAGUGUGUGGCUUGCAAAAAAACAGUCUACCCAAUUGAGAAGAUAGCGGUGGAUGGCAACUCAUAUCAUAAGGCCUGUUUCAAGUGUUGCCAUGGAGGUUGUGUGAUCAAUACAUCUAGCUAUGUUGCCCAUGAGCACAAGCUUUACUGUAGGCACCACCAUUCCCAGCUCUUCAAGGAAAAGGGGAAUUUCAGCCAACUCAAAAAUCAUGAGCAAAUCAAAGGGGUGAUAGAGAAUACAGUGUCAGCUUGAUGCAAGUGGAGGUUGUGCCUACACAUUGUCGUCUAGAGUAUUGGUCUAUGUUUUUCAUUACAGCUGUUGGAUGUAACAAUACUGGAUCACAUCUGCAAUGGGUCUUGGUAAGCAUGAGUUGGAGAGAAAAUGUCUAAAUUUAUAAAAAGAAUUAAAAACCUAAGGUUAAUAUUCAACAGUGAGAGAUGUAGUUUGAUUCAUAGUUCUUUGAGCUUGUGAUGUUGGAAUGAGUAAUAAUUGUCCCAGAGGUGGGUUGUUCUUACAAUAAGUAAUGAGCCAAUGUCUUGUGUAGAUUGUUUCUUGUAAUCGAUUUUCUAUAUGAUUGGAUCAUAUAGUUGUUUCUCUUUGGCUUAUAUAAAUUUUCCCUCUUACACGAA